CAUCUUCCAAAGCCCAAUAUCAGAGUAAAUUUUAAAACCAUUUGAUUUAUACUUCUAUUUGACAGCCUAAUAAAUACUGUACAACGGACACUCAACGGCAGUUUCAUAAUCUACACCAUUAUCCCGCCCAAAACCCCUAAUUCAAAUAUCAUCUCUCUUUUACAAAUUCCAGAGAAUUCUAGUAGGAGAAUUCUAGCAGAGAAAUCGAAAAUGGCGGCGAAAAUCGGAAUGAUGGAUUCUGCGUAUUUCGUCGGUAGAUCGGAGAUUCUUGCUUGGAUUAACUCUACUCUUCAACUCAAAAUCUCCAAAGUCGAAGAGGCGUGCAGUGGAGCAGUUCAUUGUCAGCUGAUGGAUGCGGCACAUCCAGGAAUAGUGCCGAUGCAUAAGGUGAAUUUCGAUGCGAAGAACGAGUAUGAGAUGAUUCAGAAUUACAAAGUUCUUCAAGAUGUUUUCAACAAGCUCAAAAUCUCCAAGAAUAUUGAGGUGAAUAAGCUCACUAAGGGAAGACCUCUGGAUAAUCUGGAGUUCCUGCAGUGGAUGAAGCGUUACUGUGAUUCUGUCAACAAUGGCAGCUCAAACAAUUACAAUCCUUCGGAAAGGAGAGAAGCUUGUAAGGGAGGAAAGGAAAAUAGCAAAAAAAGUGCUGCUUCACAUCCUUCUACUAAGUCUUCAAUGGCAGCAACCAAGUCUCAUUCUACUCAAAGCUCUCGGAAGGCUGAUGUCCCCUCUGUGCAAGCAGCAAAUCAAGGUGCCAUAGCACCUCAACCUGUCUCCAAUGAAGUGGGUGCAUAUGAUGAAAAGAUUACUGAGUUGAAACUAUCAGUUGAUAGUCUUGAGAAGGAAAGGGAUUUCUACUUUGCAAAGCUGAGAGAUGUCGAGAUAUUAUGCCAAAGUCCAGAGCUUGAACAUCAGCCUGUUGUUGAAGCGAUAAAGAAAAUUUUGUAUGCUACUGAUGAUAAUGCAUCAGUGAUAGAAGAAGCUCAAGCGUUGCUAACUCAGAAGCAUGUGGUGUCACCGAGUCCAGAUGCUGGGAAUUCAGGUGAUGGUUUAAAGUUGGAAACACUCAAGAGAAAGACCAUUGACAACCUUGAUGUUGAUGUUGCUGCCAGCGCUACAUUGUCUCCUAGGCAAAGACUCUCGGAUGUUUCAAAUGUGCUUCAAAAUGGAUCACCAUUAUCGACUUUCUAGACUACCGGUCUAUUGCUGGUUUGAGCCCUGAUGUUGUCUGUCAAAUUACAUGGUAUACCAAUGUCUUUUUCUGGUACAUAAUAGAGGUGGAAAUAUGUUGAGUUCAAAAUUUUUGUUUAGCUAAAACCUCUGAAGUGCUCUCGAGUCAUUUUGUUGCUCAAAUAUUUUUAAAAUUCAGUCCAAGUAUAGUAUUUGUAUCAUCUUAUAAGACUUUAUUCCUAUUAUGACUUUAUUGAAAACCUAAUAUUUGUUUAUUUGGAUGUAUCAUUGAAUACUCGAUUGUAGUGGCUGUCCAUCCUCGUCUAAUAUCCAAGAUUUUUGUACUAUGUCUACAGUGCUCUUGUUGCAAUACUGUUUUUGACAGGUGCUCUGGUUGCAUUAACUCAGUAAGAAAGGCAAAAGCAGUUCUGUAUACUGUAGAAUAUAAAUCCUCCUAUCUUGGGUAUAACCGUAUAAUUGAGAAGGUUGCGUUACUCUGUAUUUCCAUCUUCCAUGAGCCAAUGUGUAGAGGUAAUGCAUAAGUACUACACAAUGCUCUAAGUUGGGUCUUGGAUGCCUCAAAUGCUUGUCUUGGAUCUUCAACGAUAUUGACGUUAGUAUGGUCUAUCGAUAUUGCACAUAUUGGGAAAAAAAAUCAGUGUUAAAUGAAACACAUGUUUACAUGUCCGCAAUUCUCCCCUACAAAACAGCUUCCAAAGAAAGACCCGUAACAGUAGAACAGAAAACAGCUAUAAAAAGAAGUCACUAUAUAUUAGCUCAAAAAAAUCAAAAAAAAAAAAAA